ACGAUACCAAUCACGUGAUACAACACGGAAGCCAUGCAAGAUGGAAAGAAAGGGCGGAAAGCCCAAUCAACACAUCUCAUGUUUAUUUCCUGAAGUUUUAACAAUUAUAUUUAGUUAUUUAAGUGUCAGAGACAAAGGUCGUGUUGCGCAGGUGUGUGUUAAAUGGCGAGAUGUGGCCUACAACCGCUGUGUCUGGAGGGGAGUGUGCGCGAAAUUGCACCUUCGCCGGGCAAAUCCGUCUUUGUUUCAAAGUCUGGUUAAACGUGGUGUAAAGAGAUUGCAGAUUCUCAGCCUGAAACGAAGCUUACGUGACGUAGUGGUGGGAAUUCCCAACGUGGAAACCCUGAACCUGAGCGGGUGUUUCGUGGUAACGGAUCAUGCCUUAGGACAUGCAUUCUCGCAGGAUCUGCCAUGCAUGACGGUUUUGAACCUCAGUCUUUGCAAGCAAAUUACGGACAAUAGUUUAGGAAGAAUAGCUCAGUAUUUAACGAAUCUAGAAAUUCUGGAAUUAGGUGGGUGUAGCAAUAUCACAAAUACUGGUCUUUUGCUCAUAGCAUGGGGUCUUCGCAAACUUAAGACUUUGAAUUUACGAAGUUGUCGACACAUAUCAGACGUUGGGAUUGGUCAUUUAGCCGGGAAUAGUCCAAACGCUGCUGCUGGAACGUUAGAACUAGAAAACUUGGGAUUACAAGAUUGCCAGAAAUUAACUGAUCUCUCAUUAAAACAUGUCAGUAGUGGACUGGUCAGGUUAAAAGUGUUAAAUUUAAGUUUCUGUGGGGGUGUGACUGAUGGCGGGGUGAAAUUCUUGGCCAAAAUGCAGACUUUACGAGAAAUAAACCUUAGAAGCUGUGAUAAUAUUAGUGACUUUGGCCUGGAGUACUUGGCAGAAGGGGGUUCACGUAUAACAACCCUCGACGUUAGUUUCUGUGACAAAGUGGGAGAUGAAGGCCUGGUUCAUCUAGCUCAAGGAUUAUUUAGCCUCCGAAACAUUAGUCUAUCUGCUUGUAAUAUAAGUGACGAUGGACUUAGUCGCCUGGUGAAUACAUUACAAGAUAUUACGACUUUAAACAUUGGCCAGUGUGUAAGAAUUACUGACAAAGGGUUAAGUUUAAUUGCUGAGCAUCUAAAGAAUCUCCAGUCUAUUGAUUUGUAUGGAUGUACCCGAAUAACGACAGUCGGGCUGGAGAGGAUAAUGCAGCUCCGAGGAUUGACUACUUUAAAUCUUGGCCUGUGGCACAAAGGUGAAAUCUAGGUCAUCUUUGGAGGGUUGUGGCCAGUAACUAGGCCUCUCACACCAGGUGCUCUGUGGGGUGUUCAUUGUGCUUUAAUAUGUCUUGCCAAACUGACUUUUUUGUUGAUUUGAUAUCAUUUUAGUUUUUGUUACUGGUUGUAAAGACAGAAUAUAUUUUUGUGUUUGAGUUUGAAAUGUUUUAUACUGUUUUUGUUUGUUUGUUUUCUCUUUGAGUGCUAUAUGUAAUAGUUCUAUGCACUGUUUUUUCCCCUCUUCUAUGCGAUUUAAUAUAGCAAGCACACAUUUAUAAAGGCUGAGUUUGUAUUGGGUGUGAUUUUGGUGGCAUUUGUUCAUGUGAAAUUGAUUUUGUUAUAUGCAGUCCAGUUAUUUUGCUGUCCUGGUUUAAAAUUACAUAACAUUACUGAAUUUACAGUUUCCUUUACUAUAGAUAUGCUACAGGUAUAUUGUACAGUUUUUCAUAUACAGAGGUAAAUCUAUUGUUAUUGCACUGUAACAAGAUUUUUUAUGUCAAACUUUCAGUCCACACUCAGUAUUUUGUAGAUGUACAAGGCUAGCAUCCGACAUGUUAAGUACUUAUCUAGCAUUCGUAUUUGUGUUUGUAUUAGUGCUGUGAAGUGUUGAAUAUGACACUGUAUACAGGGACAUAUUCUUCCUGUGUCCGUACUACCCAAAUUUCAGGGAUUUAUGGCGAUUCUUUUUUUCUACAUGUAAAGGGUAACUUCCCCCUUUGACAACAAAUGAAUAUUUCCCCUUCCAUGGUUAAAAAUUUCCCUUCAUUCAUAGAAACGACAUAAAAUUUUAUGAGAAUUUUAACAAAAAUCACUUUUAUAUAUAUUCAAAGUCAUUUUCUAUAAUGGACAAUGUAUAUAUAAUGAUGAGUUUUGAGAUAUUAUUAUCUGAGAUUGUACCCCAAACUCUUCCCAUCCACAGGAGGCUCAUGACUGCAUUCUCAAAAAUUCUCCUAAAUAUGAAAUGGACAGAAACAUCUAAAAGCUGGAUUAAAUACUGAAUUUAACACUGGACGAAUGAUGUGUAUUGAAUUGCAUUCAUUCAAUUACUUGGGACUGAUUAAUGAUUUCCCCCAAAAUUGUGUUUUCCACCUUUAAAGGGACUGAUUCACGAUUUUCCUCAAAAUUUUCUUUUUCACUUUUGAUGAUCAAAAUCUACUGUCUAAUGUAUUUAAAAGAUUUCACAUAAAAAUUAAGGUUAUACAUUAUCACAGAAGCUCAUUUUAGAGAGUUUAUUAUUUGUUUUGUAAACAGAGAUUGUGGUAUGUUAUUGUUUCCGAAAUUUUCAAAAGAAAUGUAUUUUGAUCUAAAUUUAUUAUAUCUGUCACAUUUCAAGCAAUGUUGGGGUAAAACGUGUUAUCUAAUAGUAAAAGUUUUUGACUGUGCAAAAUUAAGAUGCUUUAUAUUACAAAAUCAAUAUUUCACUUGUUUGUUUGUAUACAUAAAAUGACUCGAGUCUUUGUUUACAUAACACAGAUUUAAGGCUAAAAUAUUGCUUUUAUUGUUGCAUUCAGAAGGUCAAAAUUUUGGCUGUCAACAUUAAAUGAGUUAUAUUUUAAAUGUUUAACAUCAAAAAUGAAAAAUAUUUUCAUCAAAAAUCGUGAACCAGUCCCUUUAAGGAUCAAAUUCUACUAAUUUUAAUUUCAUUAAUUAAUUAAAAGUCUUGCAUAUGACAGAAGCUCGUUAUAGAUUUUAUUAUUUGUUAUGUAAACAAAGACUGGGGUGUGUUACUGUUUACAAAGUUUUAAAAAUGAAUUAUGGUUAUCAAUCCAAGUUUAUGAUAAAUAUCACAUUUCAAAUUUUUUUUUUAGAUAAAAUGUGUCCCUUAAAAGUUAGAUUUGUGUCUACAAAAUUAGGAUGCUUUAGAUGAGUAAAUGAACGUUUCACCAGUUUGUUUGUAAACAUAAAUAACGCUCAAGUCUUGUUUACAUAACAGAGUUAAGGCUAAAACAUUGCUCCUAUCCUUUCAUUAAGGUGGUGUACAUCGUCAUAAUGACUGACUUUCUUGUAAAACAUAACUGGAAAUAUAAAUGUCAGCAAUAUUUGUCUAUCCUGUUGAAAUAGGUUAGCAUAUUGACUGCUGAUCUGUAGAUCAUGGGUUGGAGUCCAACAGGGUUUUAAUUUUUUCCAAAUUACUUUUUACUGAAACUGCACUUUUUGACUAUAUUAAAUCGAAAGUUUUCAAUAUCAAAAAUAUUGUACAUAUCCUCCACUUUUCAUCCUUAUAAAAUUUCCCUGGUGUUUUCCUCCCUAACAAGGUCCAAAUUUUGGUUGUCAACUUUAAAUGAGAUAUCAUUUUUAAUGUACAACAUCCAAAAUAAAUUUUUAUUUUUUUUUUGGUUGUAAAAAUGAACCAAUCCCUUCAAGGCACAGUGUAGGUCUUUGAGCAAAUUAAAACAUGGGUGAAUUCAUUUUCCUUGGCUGAAAAUAACUCUGAAGAUUUCCCUGUAUACAGUGUGUAUAUUCCAUAUAAUUUAGUAAUUAGAAUAGUGCUAUUAAUUUGCAUAACUUUAAUUUUGUAGUCUGCAACUUCAUACAUGUUUGUUUUAAGGUCUGAAUUUGUUUAGGAGAUUUACGCCCUGAAAUGCUGCUUAGUAAACAUUGAUCAGUUUUAUGCUGAAUUGUUCUACAAAGUAAUGUAGUAAGAUCAUACAGUAAUUCAGACUGGAUGAAGGGUUAUGUCUGCUGUCAUGCUUAUUCAUUCAUUGAUAAGUUUAGCAUGAACACAUGAUGUGUUAAUCAACUUUUUAAAGAAAAUGAAAUGUAAAUUUUUGAUAUUAAAGAAUGUACUUAAACAUAAUACAGUACAGAAAAAAAGGGAUUGAUACUUAAUUACUUUUGCAAUAUAUUUUACAUUUUAUUUGAAAUUGUGAUAAUGCAUGAAUCCAGAAAUUUUCUUUGGAGGAGAGGGGGAAGGUCUCACCCCAUGUAAUUUUUUUUUUCGGGGGGGGGGGGGGGGGGGGUAGACCUAUAACACUUACAGGAACUAACAUUCAAUAUUUUACAACUGAAAUUGCUUAAAAAUAGGCAAAUUGAUAUGUAUUUUUAUUUUUACCAGUCGUGAGAGGAUAGGGUCCAGUCCCCACUGAUAUAUAUGUGUGUGUGAUUGUAGUUCAUUUAUCACCAUUUUUUGUCACAAGGUUCUAAGAUUUGAAAAUGCAAAAUUCCUGCAAGUUUUUUUUUAUGGGCAAUUAUAUAUAUACAUUGGUAUCUAAUGCCAAAUAAUGUACAUGAGAUUACAGUAAAACACUAUGUACAUAAACCCUAUGUGCUAAAUCAUGUGAUGCUUUUAAAUUAGUAUUUUAUUUUUUCUGGGAAAGCUUCAUUUUGCAGAAAGUCUCCUUUUAUUAAAGUGUAUUUGAUUAAAAAAUCAGUCUGAACCAUAGUGUUAUUUAGUCCUUUUGUCUCCUGUGAAUAUAGAUGUGCAUCUCCAUAUAUAUAUACAUACAUAUAUAUGUAGUAAUAAAAAUAUCACAGAGCCGGUUGAGUAUACUUGAUUAGUUUCUUUAAUUCUUCAGGGCUGUUCAUUUUUGUAAUAUUUAUAUUAUGCAUAUACACACACAGUGAAACCUAUGUAAUAUUUAUAUUAUACAUAUACACACACAGUGAAACCUAUGUAAUCUCAGUGGGACACAAUUUUUAAAAAAAAAAAAAAAUUUUGGUCGGAAUACACGGUAUGUCAGGAUAAACAAUGUAGAAAAAAAAUAUGAUAAUAAGGAUCGAAAUGCCCUGUGAAACGGAUUGCACAGUUUUUAUUGUGUGUGUGUAUAGAUAUAUAUAUACAUAUUUGUACAACUAAUUCAAAUUUGAUUUAUGAAGUUUACUAACACUGAGUUGUAUACAUUUAUAUUAUAAUUUUGUGCAUAGAUUUGAUUAUAAUGUUCAUGUAAUACUAUGUAAAUAUCAAUUGGUGCAUUGUACAAUGUACACAAGUGUAUCGACCUGUAUUUCAGUACACCAGUGUAUCCAUCUACCCAUGUUUGAGUAUAUAUAACUUUAAUUUUUUUUUUCUUCAUAGAAUUGUUUUAUUGUUUCAGAAGCAAGUAAUUACGUACAUACGUGUUGCUAUCAGUAACAGGGAAUUAGUUCACAGAUAUUUUGACACGUAUUUAUGAUAAAUAUGUUAUAUAUUCUUAAGUUCUUUUGUUUUUAUCAGAGAUUUAUGAGAUGGCAUGCCAUGCAUUGUACCAGAAGAGCUGAAUACAAAAUAUAAAAUACCA